GUAACCGUGCAGCGGCCGGAGGGGGCUGUAGAUACCUGCACAGUGCUAUCCCUACUGCAGAAUCGCCAGACUCCGCUACUACUACCCCGUUACCUGUGUGAUGGACAUGCCUGGACGUGUAUUGUGUGUGACUUCCUGUUUAUAUGUCCAUAUCAGGCUGUACAGGGUGUGUGAGAUGUGAGAUCCCGGGCAUAGCAUGCUAGAAGCCUACAUUUUGUUGAUUGCUCAAGUAUGUGAUCCAUUGGUGACAAAGUCAAGUCAGAAGAAGUGGGACACAGGCAGUAUAGUGACAGGCCAUAGUGACAGCUACUGUCCCCCCCCCAGGCAUGUGUGACCUGUAGAGAUGGAUCAGCAGCUGGAGGAGUUGGUCGAGUCUUUGACUACCUCCGGAGAGCCACAACUCAACCCAGCACAACUCAAGCAGCUAAAGAAACUCUGCAAGUCUUCAGAUGAGCAGAUCAGUCGCGUAUACCACCUGCUGAUGACACAGCUGAACCAGGACCACGCAGAGAUCCGCCUGUCUGCGUUCCAGAUUGUUGGGGAGCUCUUCACUCGCUCCCAUCACUUUAGAACGCUGCUGAUAUCCAACUUCCAGGAGUUUCUGGAGCUCACCGUAGAGACCGACUAUGACCAGCCUCUGCCUCCUCCCAAAGAGGUGGCAAAGAAGCUUAAGAUUCUAGCCAUUAAGACAAUACAGGAAUGGCAUGAGAAGUAUGGGGAAGCGUACAAGAAGCUGUCUUUGGGCUUCCACUUUCUGAAGCAGAACAAAAAGGUGGAUUUCCAGAACUUGAGGACCCAGACUUUGGCCCAGAGAAAGAGAGAAGAGGAACAGCAGAAACGCUUAGAGAACCUUAACAAGGAGAGAGCCAAAAAAGCAAUGAGCGAAAUGGAAGACAUGUUGGGGGACAUUGAGUCGUGCCUCACGGAGAUGCAGAAUUGCUUUAAACUGUUGUUGCCGGAUCCUGAGGAGUUCGGUGUGUUUAAUAAGGAGAGGGAUGAGCAGGAGACGACUUCUCAUCCCAAACCUGCCCACCCAACACCCCAGGUGCAUGAGGCGGAGGAUGAACGGCCGUGUUGUAGCAAGGAUUUGCCCGGCGCUGAGGUGCCUAGCCUCAGGCGUGACAGUGGCGUAGAAGGAAGGCUGGAUAACGCUGCAAAUGAAUCCGGUUCAGAACAGUCUGAAGACGACUUUGAGGCAGUUGAAGAGUCUUUUAUCAGGGACCAUGGGCUGGGGUCCCACAAGUAUUCACUCAACAUUGAAAUAUCGGCAGACCUGAAGGUAACAGAGAACAGUGACAAUGUGGAUGUAGUAAACAGCUUGAUGGAUGCUCAUAAACUGGCUAAGAACAAAUACUGGCCUGCAGUACAGUCCUGGAUCCAGGUUUUCACCAAAGCCGGAACCUCCGAUGACGGCCUUAAACGCGCUAUUGAUCUGAAAAAGAAACUGGAAGCUGCAAUGAAAAAGCACAAAGAGAUGAAUAUCGAUUGCCAGCCUGCAGACAGGAGAGUGAUGAAAGCAAGCGAUGAGGAUGAUGAUGAUGACGAGGAUGAUUUUGAAGAGGUCCCAGAGAAGGAAGGUUAUGAACCUCGCAUUCCGGACCACCUUCGCGCUGAGUACGGUCUCGACACUGCUUCACCUGCGCCAGAGAAAAAGGUAGACAAGCGUCCUGAUGUUCAGAGGAGCAAGAGGCACAAGAUAGGGCUGAAUCCCACCGGUGCUGCUGCAACACUAAUGAUCACACAAGAUAAGAAGGCAGCCUCAGACUCCAGCCCAGGGGAGCCCAGCAGUAAGUGUGGAAAGCGGGAAGAAGAUCCAGCUAGAGCACCUGUCAUCCCAUUCGGGGGUGACCUGCACGGCUGGGGGGAAGAUCAGACCACAGCUGCAGCAAUAAUUAGGCCUAUGUGCCAGCACCGCUUUUGGACCCGUGAAGCAGAAGAAGAAGUGGAGAGUAAAGAAUUGGAGGCCUUUCUAAAGACCAGAUAUAUCACAGUCCCUGGCAAGUUUGAACCCGUGGAACACGAGUGUCGGGCACCUUUAGCUAAUGGCUCACUGUGUGUGCGACAAGACCGAUAUAAGUGUCCGUUUCAUGGGAAGAUAAUCCCACGGGAUGAACUAGGAGUGCCGACCAAUCAGCAAGAUCGGAACAGAGAGGCCAAGGAGCAGUUUGAGAAGCAGGCCAGCGAACAAGAUUGGCGAGACCCAGAGCUGAUGCGGGAUAUCGAGCAGGCCACGGGGGAAGAUCUCGGGUCAUCUAGAUGCCCCAGGAAGGGGCAGAAGAAAGGGAAGGGGAAAAAGAAAAAGUAUCCGAAUCUAACUGACUUGAAGCAGAAAGCAAACACUUCUCGCUCCCGUCUGGAGAAGAAAGUCUUUAACACGGGAUCGGUGAAACGGGUGAUAAGCGCAAUGAACAAAAUGGAUCAGAGGCGACAUGAGAAGUUUGCAAACCAGUUUAAUUAUGCAUUAAAUUAAAACGCAGGAGGAAGAUAAACCAUCCAGCUAGAUUUUACAUGGAAGACUUGUUUUAAGGACCUUUAAAGAAAAAUUGUUGUAAUAUACAUAUAUUUUUCCCUAAUGAUUAUGUCUUAACUUAUUUGCAUAAUUUGUUAUACUUUGUAGGUUUUCCCUACCCUUGAAAACAUUGUACAGAUUUGUAUGGGUUUUUUUUUUUAAAGAAGGUAAAAAAAAGUGCAAUUCUAGGCAGUAGUCAAAAAAUGAAAUAGACUGUCACACACGGUAGCAUUUGUGGUAUUAGAUAUUUUAAUCUUGACUAAAUAUCCUAUUUAAAAAUAAUAAAUAAAUAAAAAUACUUUUUACUCUUGAGAUCCCCCCAAAAAAGUAAAGUUUUAAACAUUAUUCCCAUUAAACUAUUAU